GGAUGAGUUGUGGCUGACUGCAGCAGCAGCGGCAGCAGUAAAGAGAGCAGCUCAGUAGUUGGCAGCCCAGUGAAAGAGUCAGAGGACUUUUGUGGACCACGGAAAAGGGAGCAGUGCACAGGCUGCCCACAGCUGGAGGAUAAUCAGAGAGUCUGAAUCCACCUGCUGCUGGGUCUAACUAUACACACACUUGUCAUACUUGGUGUACUGGGUGGACUCAGUUCUGCAAGUUAAGCAUGGGGGAGCACACUUCAGUCCGGCUCCUCCUGCUCCUGCUGCCCCUUCUGCUCCUCUCCAGGCUAUCAAGGCUGUGGGCCUUCCCCUUCAGCUCAUCCCUGGACCUGGACGUUACUCCCAGGACAACUGUCUUCUUAAAAGGUCUGCUGGGCAGCGCUCACUUCGCCGGCUCUUCCCAGAACUACAGCACCCUCCUGCUGGAGGAGGAGCCCGGGCUGCUAUACGUGGGAGGCAGAGGAAUUCUGUACGCUCUCAACGUCUCCAACAUCUCCACACCUGCAAGCCUCACAAUUAAUUGGGAUGCCUCGCCUGAGCAGAAGAAACAGUGUCUCAGCAAAGGCAGAGACAACAAGACAGAGUGUUACAACCAUAUUCGCUUCCUGCAGCGGUACAAUGAGACUCACCUCUACGUCUGUGGAACAAACGCCUUCAAACCACUUUGUGCUUAUAUUGACAUAGAGAGGUUCAACUUCUCCUUAGGCUUUGAGGAGGGCAGAGACAGGUGUCCUUAUGAUCCAGCCAAGGGCUACACAGGCCUCCUUGUGGAUGGCGAGAUGUUCACAGCCUCUCAAUACGAGUUCCGCAGCUCUCCAGACGUGCGCAGAAAUUUCCCUUUCCCCACACUCAGGACAGAGGAGGCUCCGACCCGAUGGCUUCUGGAGGCAGAUUUUGUGGGCUCUGUGCUGCUGAAGGAGAGCAUCAACAGUUCCAUCGGUGACGAUGACAAGAUUUACUUCUUCUUCACGGAGAGAAGCCAGGAGCAGAUUACUUACCCGAGCCAAACCAAGGUGUCCAGGGUGGCCCGAGUCUGCAAGAAUGACUGGGGAGGCCAGAGGACCCUGCAGAGGAAGUGGACCACCUUCCUCAAGGCCAGAAUGGUGUGUUCAGUUCCAGAGUACGAGCUGCACCUCAACAUCCUGCGCAGUGUGUUUGUGCUGCAGAGGGGAAAUGCUCAGAACAGCAUCUUCUACGGCGUCUUCGGCCUUGAAUGGAAGAAUAUCAAAGCUUCUGCCGUCUGUCAGUACAACUUUGCUGACGUACAGAAGGUUUUUGACGGACCCUACAUGGAGGUGCAGGACUCCAAGUGGAGGGAGUACACAGGGAAGGUUCCAGAGCCCAGACCUGGAUCUUGUAUUACAGACCUGCACAGAUCCCAGGGCAUCAACUCAUCUCGAGACUUGCCGGACAACGUCCUCACCUUCGCCAGGAGACACCCCCUCAUGGCCACUCAGGUGCACCCAGCAGGGCCGCGCCCCCUCCUGUUCAAGAGGAACGUCAACUACGUCAAGAUAGCAGUGCACAGGGAGCCGGCACUGGAUGGGAACAUUUAUACAGUCCUGUUUUUAGGAACUGAUGAUGGGUGGUUGCACAGAGCUGUGGAUAUUGCUGGGGAAGUGCAUAUCAUCGAGGAGCUGCAAUUGUUUGACAAACCUCAGCCUAUAAGCACCAUGGUCAUAUCCUCAACUCUGCGGAGCGUCUAUGUGGGCUCCCACUCUGGAGUGGUGCAGGUUCCCAUGUCAGCGUGUGGCAGAUAUACUUCCUGUUACGACUGCGUCUUUGCCAGAGAUCCAUUCUGCGGCUGGGACGGAAAGAGCUGUAUUGAAAUAUCCUCACGUAAACUGAGGUCAGAUUUAACCCAGGAUGUUCAGAGAGGAAUCAGAGGCUGUAAAGAGAACUUUGGAAAUGUGGUCCACCGGAGACGUUCAGUCAUGUCCGGUGACGAUGUUCUGCUGCAGUGUGAGCUACACUCCAACCUGGCCACUCCACGCUGGACUCUCAACGGCAGGGAACUCCAGGGAUACGACCUGAAUUCCGGCUACCGCAUCGGCACAGAUGGUCUCCUUAUAAUCGGAGCGCGUGCCCAGCAGGUCGGCUCAUACCGCUGCUUUGCUAGGGAGAACUCAGUCUCCGUCUUGGUUUAUCUUUACACGGUGCAGGUGCACACAGAUCCUUACUUCCCGGUCGAGCCCACAGCCUCCACCAUCCCCACUACAGUUUUCGCUCCGACUGCUUUCUCCACCAGCAGCCCCACAGAGCAGCCUCUGCCCUCACCUCCUGCCCCGCUGGCCCCAGAACCAGAGUACCAGGCCUACAGACACAUGGAGGCCGUGUACAUUUCCCUGGUGGCAGUACUUGGAGGACUGUGCUUGGUGUUGACCGUGGUCCUGCUUUACGUCAGUUUCUGCACCAGAAGGACCUCUCGGAACAGGAAGUUCUCUCACCAAGCACUGCAGGUCCUGGGGGGCUCUGAGAGGAAACGAAGUUCCCAUCUUGAACUCAAAACCAUCUCCAGCCAGUGCAACGGCAGAGAGCGUCGCCAGUCGCUCUCCUUCUCAACUUUCAGGGACUUUGGUGACGAUUUCUUCCAGAUCGUUCCGAGCCAGAGCGACCUGUCUCCUGAAAAGACGCCUCCUCCGGCGCCCCCUCUUCCCAUGCCUCCUCCACUUCCUAACAUGGACUACGCCAAUGGACUGUCGGCGACGCUGCCCAGCGUGCUGAGGAAAAUGAAUGGCAACAGCUAUGUGUUGCUGAGGCAGGGUGACCACGACGGCAUGUCGCCGUUCUACCACUCCUUCACAGAGGAACUCAACAGGAUCCUGGAGCAGAGGAAAAACUCACAGCUGGACCUGCAGCCUGACGAGAGCUCCAUCUAGGAUCUCCACUCACUCACUCUGUGCUGCGGUUAAUUAUUUUUCACCUACGCCGGGAGCUGUAGUAGUGAGAAGAACUGACUGUACCAAACGCUGCCACUUUGAACUGAGCACUAACAAAAAUGUUCAGCCUCUCUGACGAUGUACUUCACAAUAACAGUGGACAUGACUGAGCAAAGACCUGACAUUAAGUAGUGAAUCUGUGUUUGUUCCAAGACUGCACUUAAGCAGGAGAGCUCACCACCAGGGGGAAUUUUAAUGCUGCUCAGUACUGGCUUUUUAUGGAGGCUGCUGAUGAAUGACAAAUGACGAAAGGAGGAAAAGUUUCAAAAUGGAACACUGAACGUGGAAUGAAUAAAUAACACUUUUUAAGUGUUUUGAACAGUAGUAUUAGUUUUCUGUAAACCUGGGGAAAAGUGGAGUUUGAUUUGAAACAGAACUCCACAACCAUGUAAUGGUUUUAAAUUCCCUGGGUUGAGAAUUUCAGCAGGUUCAAUUCUGCCAUAAUUGCACGUGUAGAGCUUGUCACUGAGUUCUUUUGGGAUUUUUUUGUUUUUUUUAAGCAGUUUAAUGGCAGUUCAAUGGGUUUAUAGUUAAAGAACAAAUGUGUACACUGCAAUAUAGCAGCAUUUUCUUGGACUGACUUAGCGUUAUUAAAAAAAGUUCAUUAUUAAAAAAAAAAAUUCUUUACAGAUCAUGACUGCGGUGACACAUUAUAGACAGAGAAGUUGUGCUAACAGUUUUUUAAGAAACUAUUUAAGGCGUUACCUGCAUUACAAUAUAAUGCUUUUGUUUGUUUUGCACGUUAGAACAAAAACUGGACUGCACACGUUGGUCUUCAGCAGAACUUUGACAGUAUUGUUUUACAGUGGUUAAAAACCAACAGGGUUAGCAGAGGAGGUACGUCGUCCUUUAACAAAGGAGCGCACAGUGUCUGUUUGUACUCUCAGUGGGAGGAAGUGUAACGUUGCUGUAAUGUGUCACUUUCUGUUCCAGUGAAUGAGAGUUCAGUUUGUUUAAACCACUCAUACAACAAGCCCAGGUUGCAGUGAUUGCAUCACUGUUGCUGUUAGAACCAGUGUGUCAGUCCAGAGAGAAACAUCUGUAAGAGUUGACUCUACAGCAUGACGUAAAUCAGUAGUUUAUCAUUUAUUGAUCAACACAACACAGCUACAGGUAGUUUUUGUUUUUUUUUCAUCGCACCAUGUAGAUGAAGGGCUGAUGACGGCUAUUUAGAAGGACCAGGUGAUAAAUGCUUCUCACCUGGUUCUUUGAACAACAUUAAUGACAGAUACAGGUUUGUGUUCGUCCUCUGCAUCGUCACAGUUUACGUGACAUUAGCGCAAUGGCACAACAACACAAACUGCAGAUGCUAUAGGAUGGAACGCCUUCACAUUCAACAGUGGAGGGACAAAUGGCUGAAAUGAGUCAUUUGUAAACCUGUCAGUGAUAAAUACACUGCAGAAUCUGAAGUCAGCAGCUCUCUCAGGUGACUCGGAGUGAAUCUGGCAUUGCUGACAAUAACAGCAGCCUUUGGCUCACCUCCAUGAGGAGAGGACGCUGGCUCUCUCUCUCUCUCUCUUUCUUUCUCUCGCUCUCUUUCUCUUUCUCUUUCUCUUGCUGUUUGCACAAAGCUACGUUGUCUUUCGCAGGUGAUGCAGACAGAAUACAACGACCUUCAUCUCCAACUUUGCCAUUCAUGAAACAGAUGAUGAAUGAUGCAGACAGAAGCUGUUUUACAGAUCGACAGAACUCUUUUUUCCCCAUUGCAAUUAAGUGGCAAACCCCUUCUGUGUUAAAUUUGUACUUUGACCAUUUAUGAUCCCCAGAGAUUUUUAUCCAUAUUGAAGUUGUUUUUUAUCUUUUCCUCUUUCAACCAAGGCCUUUUGCUUGUUGUAUUUUUGCCGCUUCCUCCUCGUCAGCCCAUUGUGAAGCUUGUGUUUAUCCCUGUCUCUGUUUGCUCUCCACUCGGCUCCUACCUCUUUUGCUCACUCGUCACAUUAAUGCUGCGUGGCCACAUAAUCUAUUACUGUAGUAUCUGCUGCUAACAUUUACGCCCUCUCUCUCAAGGACGCUGCUGAAUGGACACAGAUUAGAGUUCCUUUUCAAAGAGCACAUCCAUCUGUACUGGUGAAAGUAGUGACUGAAAAGUGUUGUUGUCACAGUUUUAUUUUAAGUUGACCUUUUUUUUACUUCAAAGCUUAAUAAAUAUGAAUCUUGUUAUGUAAACAGAUUGUAAACAUUUCUAAAGGACAGACUUUGGGUUAAAACCAGAGCUUCUUUUUACCUGUAUUUAACUGUAUAUUAUGUAAAGGUUCUCCAAAUAGUUUUCUCUUUUCCCCAUGUUUGAAAAAACUGUUAUAUUUGAUGUUUAAUUUCAUUCCGUUGUGGUUCAUGAAAAGAACUUGCAUUGACUGGUGACUGUGAGUUGUGCUGUUUGUUUUUCAUGGACAACUUACAUAAUCAGUAACGCGUUAGCUGCCUGUUUUACCGUUGAGUCGUUUUUGUGCACAAUAUGGCAGUGAAUUCAGUAGAGUUUGUGACAAUAGUUCCAUCCCUGCUGAUCUCUCCUGCAAGCUAAAGAAUCUUUUUUUUCAAGUGAUGGCCAAAGAAACCUGUAUAGUUUGCAAUUUGCACUGUCCUACAUAAAUACUUUGUGGUAUUCCUCUGUAAAAUGUGACACUUUUCAUCCAGGUGGUUCUGCUUGAACAUUCUGAUGAAGAACUAACCUGAAUGUUUGUUUGAAAUGACACUGUUGCUUUCUGUCAUAGUUCAACCAUCUAAGGUUUAGGAGAAAACAGGUUUUAUGUAAAUUCCUAUGUCUUUAUUUAUUGAUUUACAUUAAUAAACCAGUGUUUUGGUGUUACUGCCCCCUGUUUGCAGUAAGUAUUUUUUACUUUCUGUUUUAGGCACUAACAUUUUGUUUUACCAUAGGGAAAUACACCUAGUCAGUGGUCCACUUGUAAUGCUUCUCCAAAGACUGCAUGUUGCUGAUAAGACCUGCAGAAGGCAGGGAAAUGAGGGCUAUCUAUAUGUUUUAAGUUUUGACUUCGGCUGACCCAAAAUCACUUGCAUCAAGGGCAUGUGUUGUGAGCCUGGAAAGCAAACAAACACAUUUCUAGCCAAGACAGAAGUUCUUUGAAGACCUAACCUAUUCACUCUUUGGGAAAAAAAUCCUUUUCAGCUUGGCUAAAAAUAUGAACUUUCAUCAGGAGUCCGUCGGGGAACUAUCAAUGCAUGACAUGUUCAAACCUGCGUCUGUUCACACGACACCAGCUGUUUUCAGCUUGGCCAAGGCCAUUGUCCUCCACUGGGACUCUGCUCAUAUGAUCCCAGAAUUAUUCUGUGAAUGUGCAAAACAGCAGAGGUAUAACAUUGGCUUGUUUUGUGGGAAUAUAAAAAAGCAGAGUUUUUACAGCAGUGCCCAAGGCCUGUAACUUAGCAACAGCAUCUUUAUUUAGAGCCCCUCUAGUAAUGGUGUGGGUCAUUUUGUGCUAGUCCACACAGGGUGCCACGAACGCACAGUGGCUUUGAUAAAUGGAACUGUUGUCAUAUACAAAUGAAAAUCCAUUAAAAAAACAUUCUAAUAAGAUUCACCAGCUUUGAUUCAAACAGCAGCAGUGAGUGAACACACUCCCACCAGACUGCACACUUCUACUUAAUAGAAUUUGGAGGCACAAAUGCAGACUGGAUGUCAUUUUGGCCGUAUGGUGACAAACAGUGAGCUGAGUGUUAAUGAGAUGUAUAUACAUUUCAUUACUGUAGGUAAUCUAAUUAAACACAAUUCAAAUCACCCAGACUCACACGUUGUACUGUAUUUUGGCUUUUCUUAUUUGUGUUGACUCUUCUUUCCUAAUGUCAUUAUUACAUCUAACUCUUCACUAAGUAUCAAUGUUAAUUCUACAGGUGAAAAGAACAUAUUAAAACUGUUGUCUUUCUUCAGCCACUGCCUUUAACUACUGCUACAACCGUGACAAACCUUGAGACAAUUUGUUAAAGCAGGAAAAACCUACGUCUUACGUUUCACACCUUAUUUUACCACUGAAAUAAACUGCUGUCCAGAAAACAUGGAAAACAGUUUAGAUCAAGA